AUGAAAACAGUUCCUGAAUCUGAAGCACUUCUUGCAGAACGACGCGCCAUGACAGAACAGGUUUCCCGUACGAGAAGAAGUGAUCGUAUAGAACAAUCACCAGUGAUGACAUCUAAACAACAUGAACGUCCCACAACUGGUUUUGGUUCAGAAUGUAUGGAUGAUAUCCGUAAUACACAUGAAGGUCUAGGGCCUUGUGGAUGGAUCUUGGUGGUUAUAUCUUACAUAAUGUGUGCUUUGACAUUUCCAUUUUCGCUUUGUGUUACAGUUAAAGUCGUACAAGAAUACGAGAGAGCAGUAAUUAUGCGUCUUGGUCGGAUUCUUUCUGGUGGUGCCAAGGGUCCUGGCUUAUUUUUUGUUUUACCCUGUGUUGAUUCAAUCAUUAAAGUUGAUUUACGUACUGUUACUUUCGAUGUUCCUCCUCAAGAAAUCCUCACUCGGGAUUCUGUGACCGUUUCAGUAGACGCCGUCGUUUAUUUUCGAAUAUUUAAUCCAAUUAUUAGUGUAACAAACGUGGAAAAUUCUCGUUACUCAACACAAUUAUUAGCUGCAACAACCUUGCGUAAUAUUUUAGGUACAAAGAGUUUACAAGAAAUUUUAUGUGACCGAGAAAAUAUUUCCCAUUCAAUGCAAGUUCAUCUUGAUGAAGGCACUGAUCCGUGGGGCGUCAAGGUCGAACGUGUAGAAAUUAAAGAUGUGCGCUUACCUGUCAAUAUGCAACGUAGUAUGGCUGCGGAAGCCGAAGCUGCUCGAGAAGCACGUGCAAAAGUAAUCGCAGCCGAAGGCGAACAAAAAGCGUCGAGAUCUUUGAAAGAAGCAGCCGAUGUUAUCAAUGAAAGUCCCAUUGCUCUGCAAUUGCGCUAUCUACAAACACUGACACACAUCUCUGCAGAAAAGAAUUCAACUAUCGUUUUUCCCAUUCCUGUCGAACUUUUGAAACUCAUGAAAACUCGAAAUGAAAUACAUGUAACUAAUGAUUUAUAA